UCUCGUUUGUAGUCAAAAGAAAACAACAAUGGGGAAUGCUGACCAGAGGCCGAAGCCUGGUAAGAAGCGGUCUUGCGACCCAACAGGCCGUUGCAUGUUAUGCAAAACCUGGCCAGACGAGGAAGAUAUAAUCGAUUGCAUCAUCUGCAAAACCCCUUGGCACCUGACUUGCCUCAUUGCCAUUCGCGAAUCCCUUGCCUUGGAGGAUAUUGGCAUGGGGUGCCCUGAUUGCCACGACAACAACAACCCCACUAAAGAAGAAGGAGCCGUCGUCGUGGACGAAGCCACCGUGACUGGUGGUGCUUCUUCUUCUUCUGGUGACACUAUAGUUGCUAAGAUUAUGGCGAUCCAGGCUGACGGGUCGCUGACGGAGGAGGAGAAAGCCAGGAAGAGGCAGGAGUUGCUUAGCGGGAGAGUUGCUGGACCGGAGAAAGAGAAUGGUGGAAAAAAUAAGGGUAAGGGGAAAGAGAAGAUGGUCGAGGGUAAAUGUGACGCGUUGGAGGUCUCUGAUGAGAGCUUCAACUGCUCCAUUUGCUUAAAGAUGCUUGACAGACCUGUUUCGACUCCGUGCGGGCACAAUUUCUGCUUGAAAUGUUUCCAGAGUUCUACUCGACGACAAAGGAACUGCACUUGUCCGUUAUGCCGUAACCCAAUACCUUCCGCAAUGGCAAGUCAACCUCGCAUCAACCUUAUGCUAGUGUUUGCCAUUCGAAAGGCAAAGAUGUUGAGCUCGAAUGCUUCUGACUUGCCUUCAAGGGUUUAUGAAUAUGUACGCAAUCAAGAUAGGCCGGACAAGGCGUACACUACGGAGCGGGCUAAGAAGAGCGGGAAGGCUAAUGCUGCCAGUGGUAGGAUAUUUGUCACUGUGCCAACAGAUCAUUUCGGUCCUAUUCUGGCUGAAAAUGAUCCAGAGAGGAACCGAGGGGUGCUGGUUGGAGACACUUGGGCAGAUCGGUUAGAAUGCCGGCAGUGGGGUGCUCACUUUCCUCCUAUUAAAGGCAUUGCCGGCCAACAAGAUCACGGUGCACAGUCAGUCAUACUCUCUGGAGGUUACGAAGACGACGAGGACCAUGGAGAGUGGUUCCUUUACACAGGAAGUGGGGGAAGAGACCUGAGUGGGAACAAAAGGACUAAUAAGGACCAAUCUUUUGAUCAAGAGUUUAAGAGUGGGAAUGAGUCUCUUCGUCUCAGUUGCAAAAAUGGUUACCCUAUCAGAGUUAUUAGGUCGUUUAAAGACAAGCAUUCUUCAUAUGCUCCUGAAAAUGGCCUACGUUAUGAUGGAAUUUACAGAGUUGAAAAAUGCUGGUUAAAUGUUGGAGUUCAGGGUUUCAAGGUUUGUCGAUAUUUAUUUGUUAGGUGUGACAAUGAUCCUGCCCCAUGGACAAGUGAUGUGCUUGGGGAUUGCCCUAGACCUUUGCCAGUCCUUGAAGAGCUGAAAAAGGCAUCGAAUGUAACGGAGAGAAAGGAAAGCCCAUCAUGGGACUAUGAUGAGGCUGAUGGUUGCUGGAAGUGGGUUAAACCGCCACCUAUCAGCAAGCAAAAGGAAAAUACUGGUAAUUCUGGUGGCAGGAAGAGGUCAAGGAUAAUAGUUAAGCAGGCACAGAGUGCAGCUGCUAAAAAGAGGCUUCAAAAACAAUACGGUUGCCCCAUCUGUAAGGAAGUGCUGGAAAUGCCAGUAACAACACCAUGCGGUCAUAAUUUUUGCAAGUCUUGUCUAGAAGGUGUAUUUGCUGGCCAUUCACUUGUAAGAGAGAGAAAUGCAGGUGGACGACCACUGCGGUCAAAAAGAAAUGUCUUGAAGUGCCCUUCUUGCCCAAGUGACUUAUCCGAAUAUUUGAACAACUUAAAGGCUGCAAGAAUUCUUGCAAACUUGAUUGUGAUGGGCUCUGGAAUAUUAGGAAGGGCUGUGUUUCAGGCGUAUCGUCAAGCACUUGCAAAUGCCUCAAAAUCUGGUGUCGCUCAAGAAACAGUGCAGAAUAUCAGGAGAGCAAGCAAAAUUAUGGCUGAACCAGAGGCUAGGCAGAUUUUAGGGGUCACAGAGCAUUCAUCAUGGGAUGAAAUCUUGCAGAAAUAUGACAACUUGUUUGAGCAAAAUGCUAAGAAUGGGAGCUUUUACCUGCAGUCAAAGGUUCAUCAAGCUAAAGAAUGUUUGGAAACAGUUUACCAAAAGAAAGCUCAGGGAACCAUGGAUGCAUGAUUGGUGGAAUUUGUUCCAGCCACGCUGAUCACCCAAUUUAGCAAAUCCUAAUUCUUUUUGAUCCCUAUGAGCUCAUAUAAAUAAGUAUUCUUUUUCACCUAUUGUGUUAACACUGUGCUGGUAUGCACAACCUUUGGCUAUACCAGAUGUUGCAUUGCAACUAUUUACUGGAAUCCCAUUAAAGAAAUGAUAGCAAUAACCUUUAA